GUCCCCUGACUUCUCUGGCACUCACUGGCCGCUCGCUCUGUGGACCCUGCGGUCCUACUUGGCCACGGAGUUUCCGCGCAGUCGUCCAGCUCCUAGGGCGACACCAUGUUGGGCAUGAUCAGAAACUCGCUGUUCGGGAGCGUGGAGACGUGGCCUUGGCAGGUUCUGAGCACCGGGGGCAAGGAAGAUGUCUCCUAUGAGGAGAGGGCCUGUGAAGGAGGGAAGUUCGCUACCGUGGAAGUGACAGACAAGCCUGUGGAUGAGGCUCUCCGGGAAGCAAUGCCUAAGAUCAUGAAGUAUGUGGGUGGCACCAAUGACAAGGGAAUCGGCAUGGGCAUGACAGUCCCUAUCUCUUUUGCCGUGUUCCCCAAUGAAGAUGGCUCCCUACAGAAGAAGCUGAAAGUCUGGUUCCGGAUUCCCAACCAGUUUCAAAGCAGCCCCCCAGUUCCGGGUGACGAGAGCGUGAAGAUCGAGGAGCGGGAGGCCAUCACUGUCUAUUCCACACAAUUUGGUGGUUAUGCCAAGGAAGCAGACUACAUCGCUCACGCCACCCAGCUCCGUACCGCCCUGGAGGGCACGCCAGCCACCUACCAGGGUGACGUUUACUACUGUACUGGAUAUGACCCGCCCAUGAAGCCCUAUGGACGUCGUAAUGAGGUCUGGCUCGUGAAGACAUGAGUGGCCCUCUGAACUGAGAACGUCCUGGAAGUGUGCCACUCUGUCCUCUGACUUGGGGUCAACAGGGGGCAGUACUUCUCCAGUUCCAGCUUUUCUUCAAAUUCUCUCCCUGCCGGUUUUUCUAAAAUAAGUCAAGAUUGGCAGCAUCCUUCUUAUUGAGGGAUAAAAUUCCGUGGCAGAUCAGAAAGAUCCCAGCAACAUUUUCUCCGCUGUCUGGGUCACUGAAAACUGAUUCUUAAACAUUGUUA